AUGGGUUCCUUUGAUAAACCAGAAGAAUGGGCAGGGACUUUCCCUGUGAACGAAAUACUCGAGAAAAUUCUUAAAAGCCCAGACCCAAAAUGUUGUGAUUCUUGUUUGAGAGAUAACGAAGAGGAAGACGCAUCUGACUUUUGUUUAUCUUGUUUAGAGUUUUUAUGCAAAAUGUGUACCAAGUAUCAUAAAAAACAUUUGUUGUCAAGAAGCCACAAUACCUGUCCUUUGAACAAGAUCAAAUCGCAACACAUACAGUUGGCCUUUGGAAAAGAUGACGUUUGUAAAAAGCAUCAAGAUCAAAAGUUGAAACUAUUUUGUUACAAACAUGAACAAACAUGUUGCAUAAUCUGUGGUGGAACAGAGCAUAGAAAAUGUGAUUCUGUAGAAACUGUCGAAAAAGCAGCUCAAAAUUACAAAGAGAGUGGUGAAAUUGAUAGCAUAUUAGCAGACGUGAAAAGUUUUAGGCAAAAAUUGAUAGAUGCAAAAGACAAACAAGAGAGGAAUAUUACAGAGCUAGAAGACACCUUUGACAAAAUGUCAGACGAGACUGAAAAAGAAAUAAAUGAUAUUGUUCGCCUCAUCGAAAGAUUAAAAAGAGAACAAUUAGAUGAGUUUUCUGCUGCUAUCAAGGAAGGCAAAGAAAAGCUUAUCAGAAAUGUGAUUACUUUCAAUGAUGGGAUCCAAUGUGCUGAGUUUUGUUCCAACAAGCUCGAAAAAAGCAUAGAAAUUAAAGAUGAGUCAAUCUUCAUGACAAAAUUUAAUGCAGCAAAAGAGACAUUUCAGCACCUAAAAAAUAUAAGAUUUCGAACUACAGGAGUACGAGUAACAGCAAUUAAAAAAUCUAUUGUUAAAGAGAUAGCACAGAUGAAGAAAUUGGCAAGCAUUGAGGUAACUGAAUUAGUUCAAGAUAUUCCAAGUGUUAUCUUUGAUGUAAAAAAUGUGCAGCUGGAAUUGAUCACUGAAUUUAGUAGCAGUGAAAGAAAAGAAGAUUUUUACUUGGCCUCUGGCAGCAUUAUUGUUAAAACUGACAAUAUUGGUAAUAGAAUAAAGUAUUUCAAUGUGCCAGGCUCUAGUGCUUUUAAUAUUCAUACUACAAAGUCGGGACUUAUCGUGUACACAGACUACAAGAUUGACAAAGUAUGUGCCAUAGAUGAGCAAUUGGACAGUGUGUGGAAUUAUAUGAACCCCGAGCUAAAAUGUCCAUAUGGACUUGAUAGUGACUCACUGGAAAAUAUAUAUGUUGCUGGCAUGCAUAGUCAUAAUAUUCAUGUUGUAUCAAGUGUUGAUGAUAGAGAGAUAUCGUCUGAGCCUAACGUAGAGGAAAUCGUAGACAAUGAUGAGAAUAUAAAAGAUACAUGGAGCAUUGCACUAUUACCAGACUUGCCAGAAUCACAGCGAAUUAUUGUUUGCAAUGACCAGUCCGUCGUGCUCUAUCAAAAGCAGAGAGAUCGCGACUGGUCUAAUAAGGAGUUAAAGAGAAUUAACGGAAAUUCUUUUAUCAGAUGUAUUGCUACUUUUAAUUCUCGCAUUCUUUACUCGGCAACGAAUUGCAAAAAGGUAUAUGAAACAGAUGAACAAUUUUCAACUGAGGCUACCAGACCAUUUUUUACAUCUAAAGCUGAUGGGUGGACCCCUAGAGGUAUAGCAUUUUCCCUCCUUAAUCCAGGCAAUGUUUGGAUAGGUUUGUAUCACGCACAGACGAAAAAAGGGAAGGUUAUCAAAGUUCAAUCAGAGGGCAAGAUUGUAGGAUAUCUGGGUGAUGAGGGAGACAGAAAACCAUAUACAAAUCCCCGAUUCCUGGCUGAAAACAGAAACGGAGAUAUCUGCAUAGCCGAUGGAGUAUCAAAGAAAGUAUUUGCAUUAUCCCCAAACGGAAAUGUUUGUUUUUCAUAUAAACCUUCCGGAAUUAUAUCUGGAUACGGAGCUCGAACUGUUGCAACAGAUAAAAAGUGUAACAUUCUUGUUGCAUAUCCAAAUGAUGGCAUACAUGUGUUAAAUAGCAUUGGAAAGUGUCUUCUUAUUUUGAAAGAGAUGGCAUAUCCCACAGCUUGUUGUGUCUCUUUGAAAGAUUCACUGUUUGUGUGUUCCAAAGAUGGAGACAUUAAAGAGAUAACAUACCUGAUGCCACCGUCUCCAACCAACCAGUAA